GGUUUGUGUUAAUUUUUUUUUCGUGAUUUGCUUUAUUUUCUGUGACAGUGAGUUGAAUUUUUUUAACUGCUAAAUAAAAUAAAUCAACAAAUUUACAAAAAUGGCAACAGCUUUAGCACCAGAAAUUCCAAUUCCAGGAUUUUCUUUUGAUCUUUGCAAAAGAAAUGAAAUGCUUGCAAAGAAAGGUUUUACUGGACCAACACCUCAAAAAACUGGUACAACUAUUGUCGGUAUUGUCUAUAAAGAUGGAGUAAUUCUUGGUGCUGAUACAAGAGCAACUGCUGGUGGUAUUGUUGCUGAUAAAAAUUGCCGAAAAAUUCAUUAUUUAUCUGCCAAUAUGUUCUGCUGUGGUGCUGGUACAGCUGCAGACACUGAUAAAGUAACUGGAAUGAUAUCAAGUCAAUUAGAACUUCAUCGUUUAAAUACUGGACGUGUACCACGAGUUGUUACAGCAAACAAAUUGUUGAAACAACAUUUAUUCCGUCAUCAAGGACACAUUGGUGCUGCAUUAGUACUUGGUGGUGUUGAUAUUGAUGGUGCACAUCUUUAUUCAAUUCAUCCACAUGGUUCAAGUGAUUAUCAUAAAUUUACAACAAUGGGAUCUGGUUCAUUAGCUGCAAUGGCUGUAUUUGAAAGUAGAUGGAAGCCAGAUAUGACUGAAGAGGAAGGAAAACUUUUAGUUGCUGAUGCAAUAUCAGCUGGUGUUUUUAAUGAUCUUGGAUCUGGUAAUAAUAUUGACAUGUGUGUUAUUCGUAAUACUGAAGUUCGUGGUUCAACAUUUGAUACACGUGCUGCUGAUUAUAUUCGUCCAUAUAAUAUUGCUAAUGUCAAGGGUACACGUGAAGGAAGUUAUCGUUAUAAACGUGGUACAACAGCAAUAUUGGAUAAAACUGUACGUCCAAUAAUCAUUGAAACUGAAUCAGUAAGAAAAAUUCAAACAGAAUCAAUGGAUACAUCAUCAUAAACAUUCAAGGGAA